GGCCGAGGCAGGGGUGGCCGUGGACGAAACGGCAGCGGCAGAGGCCGUGGUUACCACCAGUACGGCCAGCAACCACCUCUCGGCCACGGGCAGCAGCACUCAGCUCCGCAGCAGGGACCGCAACCGGGACAGCACCAUCAGCAGGGGUUCGGACAGCAACAACUGAGACCUCCGAAUGCAGGCUCUUCAUCAACUGAGGGAAUUCUUGGGGCAAUUCCCCCACCCAUUGUGUGUCGAAUCUGUUUUUCUGCAGGCCAUUCUGCAAUCAACUGUCCCUCUCGUUUUUCUCCAUCUACUGCACCUGUUCUUCUCACCGGUCAAGCUAAUGAAGCUCUGUGGUAUCCAGACACUGGUGCAUCUGCUCAUAUGACUUCCUCUGAAGGACAAAAUUUCGGGGGAGGUUCUUCUUCGGGCAACAACUAAUGGCCAUCUCUAUCCUCUCAGCCUGAGUCCACCAUCUAGCCUAGCUUUAUCGUCA